AUGAGUGUCUAAAGACCAUUAACCUCCACAACUAGAGAUUUGUCAACCAGCGUUUUUGGAUAAAGUUAUAUAGAAUGGGUCUCUCUAAAUAAAGACUUAGAUUGGAAUUAAGAAAAGUAGAUGAGAUAAGUAAAUGAGAUAAUUAUUGAAGAAAAUGAAUCUCCCAUUUAAGAGAAACAAAUAUAAAAUCCAAUUUAGUAAUAUUAGAUGAUAACUUAUGCUGAAAUGAUUUAAAGUUUUAGAUUAAACGAAGGAUAAUAUUCAGUUCGAAAUAAAUCUAAAUGCUCAUGCUAUGGAUUUUCAUCGAGUAUAUCAAAAAUUGAAUAAGUUAAAUAAAAGUUCAUUCAAAUGGGAAAGAUUUAGAUAGAUCUGAAAAAUGAAAUUCACAGGAAUACAGUUUUUUCAAUACAUUGCAUAUUGAAUAAUACAGACAGAGCUAAAGAAAAUUAGUUUAAGAUGAUCACAAAAUACGCUUCAAAAUACUUUUAGUUAAUACAAUUUCUUUCUUGUUUAGAAUUUGAAACACCACUAUUUUAAUUACUAUAUAAAGAAUCAGGAGAAUUAUUAAUAUAAUUGGUAAUGAAUGUAGGGGAGAUGGUUUUAGUAUAGUUAUUGAAUAAUAAACUAAACAAAUUAAUCUAAAAAGAGUCAUCUCAUUUACUAAACAAUAUACUACGAAAUUAUCAGACUGGUCUCAUUUUCCACAUGUACAAAGAAAUAAAAAAAUCAAAUACUCCCCUCUAACUAUUACUAGAACAAUAUGAAAAAACUGAUCCUCAUCUUUAUUAAUCCUGGUAUAUCCAAUAGAAACAAUAUAACAAUAAUCUAUUCUUAGAUUGA